UGUGAGUGAGUGGGUAUUUGUGUGAGUGAGUUGGUGCUUGUGUGUGAGUGGGUGUUUGUGUGUGAGUGCAUGUUUUGUGUGUGAGUGAUUAUGUGUGUAUAUUUGUGUGUGAUUGCAUGUUUGUAUAUUUGUGAAUGUGUGUGCAAGUGUCUGUGAGUGAGUGUGUGUUUGGGUCAAUGUGUUUGUGUAUGAGUGUGUGUUUGUGUAUGAGUGUGUAUUUGUGAGUAAGUGUGUGUUUCAGGGUGCAUGCAGGUAUUCUUUUUCAAAGUGAGUAGUUAGUGAGUUGCUAGACCAGUAGAAGAAUAGUUUGUCCUACAUAGGUGUGACUACUACAUUUCAUAAAUCUAAAAUUACUUGGAUUGUUCUAUACAACAACUUUACCUGUAAGUAAAAUAAGCUAUUUAAAAUCUAUAGAAUCACUUAUUUUAUUCUAUAUAAGUAGUUAAUGAAUGAGAAAAGUUAUAUUUUAAAUAAAUUGCCAAACUUGUAUGAAAGAGAAGAAUGGAAGCUGCUAAAUGUUAUGAAUAUCUAUUCAGCUAUUGCAAGUUUUUAUUUUAAUUCAUGUAUCCUUAAAUAAGAAGGGUUUGUGAAUAUUGUUAUAAUUGCUGUUUUAAUAGGUCAGUAUAUAUAAAGCCCAGUUUUGAUUCAACACUGUAUAAGGGGCUAACUCGGUUCCAUAAACCGGGUUGGACAACAUAUGGAGUAUAUAUGAGAUGGAAUGAUCAAUCCUUGCAUCCGCAACAGAAAACUUCCGGCAAAAUGAGAGUGAAACUACGCAGAAACUUGCUGAUACUCAUGAGUAUUUGUGCAUUUUUACUGUAUAUCUAUACUGCGUUCUUUUACGUUAAAUCUGAGGAAGUUAUUGACUCUAAAAGUCCUUCAAGAUUACUCACAUUUUCCAAAUUUAAGAAUAAUAGCGUUGAGAGAAAACGAAAGAUAAUGCCGCCUAUAGAAUAUCAUAUGGAUCCCUUACCAGGGUACGAGGCUUUAUCUCUUCAAGAUCUCAAAAGUAGACCCGUCCCUAAUACUAUUCAUUACGUGUGGUGUCACUACAAAACAAUUUCGUUUGAAACCUAUGUGUCCAUUCUAAGUGCCUGGAAGUUCAUGAGACCAGAUGCUAUAGAAUUUCACAGCAUUCAUCAUUUUAACUUCACAGAGAAAAAGUACGACAUGUGGAUGACAGAACUUAAAAAAACUGUGGCAGGAUUCUCGGUUCACAAAAUCCCUGAGAAUUGGGAUGGUCAAGAAAAUGGAUGUGGGGUGUGGUUCGGAAUAGCAGUACUGCACGAUAGAGGGGGUAUAUACUUCUCCGAGAAUCUAUUAUUGAUGAAGUCCAUAUCUUCAUAUCGUCAGUACAAUUUCAAACUGGGGUUAAACAAGCAUGCGGACGAGGUGAGCUUCAUAUUUGCAGUAGAAAAAGAAGAGCGACUGCGACAGUUGGUCAAGCUGAAGAAAAGUCAGGAUUUAUCAUUCAAUAGUUUUAAUAAUACGGAUGUUUGUGAAAUUAUUCCGAAAGGAAAAGUCAAAAUUAUCACAGAUGACGUCGAAUGUUGCGAGAUAUCGGAAGUAUAUCCCGUGGAUAUGAUGUACUCCAACACCACACUAGCAGCCAGAAUACGGCGCGUGUUUUAUGGGGACCCCGCUAUUGUAAAAGACACUCCAAAACUUCCAGGCAAAAUACCAAAGAUAGUACACCUAGUGUGGUAUCACUCAAAAGAGAUGGAUUUCAUGAUGUAUCUAAGUCUUAGGAGUGUUAUGACUAUUCUAAAACCAGAUAAAGUGUUCAUACAUGGUGAUAAUCUUUUACAUGGGAAGUAUUUUGAUAAAUUCAAAGCGGAUCCUCGGUUACACAUGAUAUACCGAGAAGUUCCCGAUACAAUUUUCGGUCACAAGGUUCUUUACACUCAACACAAAAGUGAUAUUAUACGAGCCGACGUUCUUCUAAAAUAUGGAGGCAUCUACAUGGACUGGGACGUUCUUUGGCUGAAGCCUGUAGACGAUCUAAUCGAUAAAGGCUACGACGCCAUCUUUAAUUUUGAUCACAUGACGCGUAAUGGAUACCCUGACGUCAUUAAUCUUGGUGUUUUCAUGGCAAAACCGCACUCUCACUUUGUGAAAUACUGGCAGGACAGUCUCUUGAAUUAUCGUUCAGAAGAUUUCUAUCAUAACGCUCUCGAGCUUCCAUACAAAACCUACGAAAAAUAUCCUCAAUAUGUACAUGUAGAGCGCCAUCUACAGGUCAUGUGCUUUCAGCUGAAAUGUCACCCGACGUUCAGGAAUCAUUAUCAUGACUUCGAUCGGGAGCAAUAUUUUGACUGGAAGAAAGAGGCUUAUGCUAUUCAUUUCACUCAUCCUGACCCGCCAGAGUACAUGAACGAAUCCGCGCUGAGACAGGGCUACAAUAAGUUUGCACAAAUCGGGCAACAUAUUUUAAAUCAGAAAUAUGAAUAUGAUUGAAAUAUUACUACUCACAAUCCUUCAAACCAUUCAGCUAUUGAAGAGUAGCGCCAAAGAAUGAAAGCACGAAGUCCAUUUUAUUUCAUGUAAUUUAUUGAUAGGCAAAAUGAUGGCAAUGAAAACAAAAUGGAAAUAAAAGCACAAUGAGGACAAACCACGCUCUGUAAAUGUAGUCUCUCAGUUCCACUCUCUUCAUCGAAUUUCGGAGAAGAACGUCAUUAAUCAUUCUACAGAGUGUACUUGAACGUAUUGCGCAUUUAUUUCGAAUACCUUCCAAACUUUACAAAAGUUAAAAAAAAAAAUCUCACACUGGUUUAUAAUCACGGAUUCGGAAUGAAGUAAAAAAAAAUUUACCUGUUUGUAGAAAUUAAACAAAUCGUUGUCUUCGACAACAACUGGAGAUCGUAACAUAUAUGUUGAAUACACAAAUUGCUAUAAAAUUAAGCAGAAAUUUCUCUGUGUUACAGUAACGAUUAACUAAUGUGUGACAGAUGUUACUGUAGUACAUAUUGCACUAAAUACUUUUUUUCUAUAAGUAUGAAAUAUACAUGGCAGAAAUACCCUCUAUGCAUGACAGUUACUGUACAAAUUGGCGUAAUUAACAACAUUUGUGAAUUUCCCAGUCCAACUAAUUGCUAAUGUUUGAAAUAAAACGAUUUCAUCCUCAUUUUACCCGCAUAUUCUGUCAUUACCACACAAUAAUGGGGUUAAAACACGGAAGACCUUUAUCAUAAUUGAUUUUAGACAAGGAUGAUAUUUCCUGUUUAUUGUUUUUUGGAAUCCUUUGCAAUCAUCUUGGCUGCUUCAAUAAUGUCUGUUAGGUUAGCGUGGUCACCAAACUCCAUUUCGUGAUGCUGAUAAUAGAUCCCACUCUGUCCCGGACCAAUGACAUACACACCUGGACGAAUAUCAAAAGACCAUACGUUAUAUCUGGGGAAAUAUUUUUCAUUUUUUAAAAAAUACAUAAGGGUAUGAACUGCGAGGCUUCACGCCGGUGUAACGACAAAAAGUGAUCCCCGUGGAAUAUUGACCGGAGGUCAUUUUCUACGAAGAAAUUUGACACCCCCCCCCCCCCCCCUCGGUCAAUAUUCAACGGGGGUCACUUUUCGUCGUUACACCGGCACACUUCUGGAAGAACAUUAAUUAGGGCUUCAGGAAAAGUAUGCCGGUGUGAAACAUAGCAGUUCAUACCUACAUCGAUUUUGAAAAAAAAGGUACUUUAUUUCUUACAUUUACACUCUGCUUUCAUUUCUGUAAGAAUUCCCAGUCGUUGAAAUAGACACGCACAUGUACUAUAUUUAUCUUUAUUCAUACACACAUUGUUUUACAACGGAAACGUCUUCAUGAGGAAAUGGUUAUUAUUCCAAUGUGUAAAGAUAUCAGAGACAAAAACAUCGGAAAUGUAGAUAGAUAGGUCUGAUAAUAAACAUUUAUGGAAUGUUA